UUUUUUUCGCCACCAUGGCUCUGCUUUCAGAUCUCAUCAACUUGAACCUCUCUGAUGUCACUGAGAAAAUUAUUGCCGAGUACAUAUGGAUCGGCGGAUCCGGAAUGGACCUCAGAAGUAAAGCGAGAACGCUAUCAGGGCCCGUUAGCGACCCCCACAAGCUACCCAAAUGGAAUUAUGACGGAUCCAGCACAGGCCAAGCCCCUGGAGAGGACAGUGAAGUGAUCCUAUACCCUCAAGCAAUUUUCAAGGACCCAUUCAGGAGAGGCAACAAUAUUCUUGUCAUGUGUGAUGCUUACACUCCUGCUGGGGAACCCAUUCCAACCAACAAGAGGCAUAACGCAGCUAAAAUAUUUAGCCAUCCUGAUGUCCUUGCUGAAGAAACUUGGUAUGGUAUUGAGCAGGAGUACACCUUGUUGCAAAACUCGGUUAAAUGGCCCAUUGGCUGGCCUGUGGGAGGUUAUCCCGGCCCCCAGGGACCAUACUACUGCGGUAUUGGUGCUGACAAAGCCUUUGGGCGGGACAUUGUUGAUUCUCAUUACAAGGCAUGCCUUUAUGCUGGAAUCAACAUUAGUGGCAUCAAUGGUGAAGUUAUGCCAGGACAGUGGGAGUUUCAAGUAGGCCCUUCAGUCGGCAUCUCUGCUGGGGAUGAAUUGUGGGUUGCUCGGUACAUUCUAGAGAGGAUUACAGAGAUUGCUGGAGUGGUGGUUUCCUUUGAUCCCAAACCCAUUCAGGGUGACUGGAAUGGUGCCGGCGCUCACACAAAUUACAGCACUAAGUCCAUGAGAAAUGAUGGAGGUUAUGAGAUCAUCAAGAAAGCAAUCGAAAAACUUGGGCUGAGGCACAAAGAACACAUUGCUGCAUACGGAGAAGGCAACGAGCGCAGACUCACAGGACGACAUGAAACUGCUGACAUUAACACAUUCUUAUGGGGCGUCGCAAACCGAGGGGCAUCCAUCCGAGUAGGCAGAGACACAGAGAAGGAAGGUAAAGGGUAUUUUGAGGACAGAAGGCCUGCUUCCAACAUGGAUCCAUAUGUGGUGACUUCCAUGAUCGCGGAGACCACCAUCCUAUGGAAGCCAUAAGUGUUUCCAGAUGUUGCCGUUGUUCCAGGGGAUAAAAUUUGAGUCAGUCAGUUGUGUUAUUUUGGUGCUGUGUCUCAUUGUUUGCCCUUGUAUUUGAGGUAGCAAGGGGGGUGGGUUUAUGGCCCCCUUGCCUGAUCAUUUCGCCUCUUGUUAAAAUAACCAUUACCUUAGCAUUAAUAACGACAUUUGAAGGCCUGGCUUCUAUUGUUGC